GGGAACGUUUCGGCAGCCGCAACAGGAGGAGCCUCGGUUCCUUUUAUGACUUUCCCCGCUGCCUCUCUGGCCGUUUGGUUCGAGCUUUGGCUCACAGACGCCUUCCUCGAGGCAAAAACUGGCUACCCCCCUCCCGCAUCCCCCUCUUCCGGCCCCCUUGUCCGAGGAGGUCCUAGUCCCUUGGGCCUGAAUUGCAGACCGGGAGAAGAGGCGCCGCCGCGAAGCAGAAAGACCCUCACCGAGAAAGGAACGUGGAAGGCAAGUGCGGCGCAUCCAAAGCAGGGCUAUUGGAAGAACAGGGCUGGCCGCAGAGCACGGUAUGCUGGUCAUGAAACAAAUAUUAUUCAUGAUUGUCCUGGGUGCUGGAGUGAUGUAUGCUGUAUUACAUAGCAACCUGUGGACAACCAACAGCUUUGGAUUGUCCUCUCUGAGCAGAAAACAUUGCAAUUUCAAAACCAAUGUUUCCACUUUCCUGACGAUGGAUAAUUUCUGUCCUUUCUUGUGCGAAAGUAAUUUUUAUGAUAUCUCUGCAAGUCGUGGAAAUAAUAAGUUUGAACUACCUUAUGGAGUGAGGCGUUCAGAAAUGUUUUUUCAACGUGCACUUUCACAACUUGAAAGAUGUGACCUGUUCCUGGAAGAUAAGAGCAGCUCAUCCUGUAAAAAAUGUAUUGUGGUUGGCAAUGGAGGAAUCCUUCGAAACAAGAACCUGGGUCAAAAAAUUGAUUCUUAUGAUGUGGUAAUUAGAAUGAAUAAUGGGCCUGUUAUAGGUUAUGAAAAUGACGUUGGAAGGAAGACAACAUACCGGCUUUUCUAUCCAGAGUCAAUUUUUUCAGAUCCACUUCACUAUGAUCCUAAAACUAUUGCAGUUUUUAUUGUCUUCAAACGGCAUGACUUAAAAUGGCUUUCAGACCUAUUAAGUGGCCACAAUAUAAUGGCAACUAAUGUCUUCUGGAAGAAACCAGCAAUGAAAAUGAUUUAUAAGCCUAACCAAAUCAGAAUCCUUGAUCCAUUUAUUAUUAAAAGGACAGCAUAUGAAUUGCUUCGUUUCCCCAGAAAAUUUCCUAGACGAGGAAGACCAAAACAUCCCACAACAGGGUUAAUUGCCAUUGCCUUUGCCUUUGAUAUAUGUACUGAAGUUCACGUGGCUGGCUUCAAGUACAACCUGCAGGAUCCGGGCAGUUCUUUGCACUAUUAUGGUAAUGACACCAUGUCUUUGAUGAUUAAGAAUGAAUACCAUGAUAUUGAUGCAGAGCAAAGACUUUUGAAGAACCUUAUAGAUCAGCAAAUUGUGAUCAAUCUCACAGAAUAACCAAAUUAAGAAACAAUUAUUUUUUAAUAAAACUGAAUGGGGAAAUUAUUUUUUUAAUAAAGUAUUUAUAGAAAUUUGCCAUUUUUAAAAAAUAUAAAUGUAUCUCACAUAUCUUCUAAGAAUGUCUCUGCCUUACUAUUAGUGUUUUCCCAGAAAGUAUCUAUCACAGUCAUUUACACAAACAUGUUAAUUUAAUAAUGGAAAAAUGUUGGCUGUAUUAGAUUAACAAAAAACUAUUAUUUCCUCUUAGUUUUAUGUUUACCAUUUCCCACAUGAUGGCACAUUGUAUCUACAUCUUGCAAUGUAGAUAAGUAGAGGUCAAGAUAAAAUGUUAUUAAGGCAAGAAUAUAUAAUGUCCCUUCUGUUGAGUUUCAAUCUUGAGUAAAAAAAAGUGAAGUGCUAAAAAAAUUAAUACACUUGCUCUCCAUAAUGGGGUGUUGGAAAUGCAUAUCAUUAGUUUCUAAAUCUUGUUUAAAAUGAGACUGCAAACUAUGACUUUUACAGUAAAAUGAUGUGUGUCUCGAUUAAAGCGACACAGUGAUAACUACUGGACAAUGCUAAA